CCUUAAAUGCGGCCUGUGUGUGAUGUUUCAUUUUUGGUCACGACUUGUGAAUCACCCUGUAGAGGUUGAACUCAAUUAAUACUUUGCAUUCUAUUUUACAAGUGGAAAACGUGUCUACUCAUGAUUUCGCAAAGAAAAGGUAAGCAAAAAUACCGCAACUAAAUCGGAAUUGACGUACCUAAUUGCUUUUUGAUCAAAUUCCUAAAACCAAUAGGUACUUUGAAUCGGAUCACUGACGACAAUCAGGAUUUGCCCCCACCCACAUCCAACAUGUGAGUCGAGUCAACACGUGAUUGGCAGUUCGGAAAUUUUUCUUUCUUUUCUCACUCACACGGUCAGCAGUCUAAUCCGUCUAAUUUGGCUCGUCAUUGGCUAAUUGGUUAAGCCUUCAUCUACAUUUUUCAUUUGUCACUUCUUUACUUUCAAUUUCCAAAAUUCAUAUCCCAAAUCCCAGUCUUUCGAUUUUUCAAAGCUCACUAUAUCACUAUAAUUAAAAUUUGGUUAUAAACGUAACAACCACGUGUUAUUUUCUUCAUUCAUGUAAUCAUAUUUGUGAAAUUACUCCAGUUUCAAAAAUAGAGUGAGUAUGAAGUGCAAGGUGUUGUGAUAUAAGUUCCAGCAUAGUUUUAUCAGUGAAUUGAAGAUUAUGCAAUUUGUGAUAAAGAUUACAGCAACAGAUACCGCAUAUUGUGCCCCCCAGUAAACGUUAAGAUCAGUAGGUAACUAGAUUUUUCUAUCGGAUUGUGAUUUUAUCUUGCAAAAAUGAUGGGGUUGCAAAUAAAUAAAAAGCUACUGCCUAUGAAAUUCCAUUAUUUUCUAUACAAUGCAGGAACCGGACCAGUUGUAGCCUAUUUAUCCUCAUAUGCCAGGCAACUAGGCUUCUCUAGUGUAGUUGUAGGCCUAAUAUAUACAAUACUUCCAGUGAGUGGCAUGUUAGCAAAACCCUUGUUUGGAUCAAUUGCAGAUAAGUUCCACUGCCACAAAUCGUUGUUUUUAGUAAAUCAACUAGUGACUGCAGUGGCAUUUUUAGCUAUAUUUUAUUCCCCGAAAAUUGAGUUGGACCACAGUGUGGACUUUUCAUGUCAAAGCGAUGUGCUAGCACUCAGUACAUACAUGGAUGGGAAACUUGAUAAGUGUACUUUAGAACAGAUUCAGAAAGAUGAGACAAUAAAACAGUGUCAGAUAAACUGCAAAGUAGACACGAAUCUGACAUCACUUCUUUGCCAUGAAUGGGAUUUUCCACAAUAUUGUUUCCCUCCAUACCCAGAAAGCCUUCCCUUCAUUGCACAUGUGCCUAAAUCCAAAAUGAGUGUCACUCAGAAAAAAGAUGGAUCCAUUAUAUCAUUUGGCUUCUCCAAUAUCACUCUGAAUAACAAAACCAUAACACAGCCAAAAUGUAUGGACAGUAGUAUGUUCACAACUUGUGUCUUGGAAUGUGAUGAUUAUGACAUCAUGCAGAUGGUCACCAAGCCUUCGAUAUCUGAUAGUGAUGUUUAUAGUUUGUAUCAGUUUUGGUUUUUCUUGGCUUUCAUGGUAUUGAUGUGGGUGUCUAUGGCUAUUACUGUCAGUAUUGGAGAUGCCAUAUGCUUCGAAUUGUUAGGUGACCAACCCGGCAAGUAUGGCUACCAAAGACUAUUUGGUUCCUUAGGAUGGGGUUUUGUAGCAGCAAUUGCUGGCGUUUUAAUUGAUAUGUUCAGUAAAGGAAAAGUGGAAAAAGAUUACUCUGUUGCAUUUUAUAUGGGAGCUACUUUUCUAGUUUUAGAUUUUGUCAUUUCUUCAAGAGUACAGCACAAACAAACCAAAAUGUCGUCCAACAUCCUUCGUGAUAUAGGCAAGUGGUUGUUAGAUGCUAGAAUUGUAGUAUUCUUGAUUUGGUGUGUAGCUGUAGGAAUGUGUACAGGACUUAUUUGGAACUUUCUAUACUGGCUAUUAGAAGAUUUGGCUGCAUCCAAAGGCUGUGAUGCCAGAGCUCAUAUCAAGACCUUACAAGGUCUUGUGCAAGCUGUCCAGUGUCUUGGUGGAGAGGUACCAUUUUUGUUCUUAUCAGGCAGAAUCCUGAAGAAAAUCGGCCACGAAAACACCAUGUCCUUAAUUUUGUUGGGCUUAGGCUGCAGGCUGGUACUGCAUUCGUUAGUGACUAAUCCAUGGCUGACAUUACCUGUUGAACUGUUUAAUGGACUUACUUUUGGACUAUCUUUUGCAUGUAUGGCUUCGUAUGCCAGCAUCGUGGCUCCACCUGGAACUGAAGCUACUGUCCAGGGUAUGGUGGGAGCAGUAUUUGAAGGCAUUGGUGUGUCUUUGGGAAGCACUGUAGCUGGACUCAGCUAUAGGUCAUACGGAGGCAGCUUGACUUUCCGAUAUUUCGGAUUCAGUUCAUUCAUAUUGUGCAUCAUCCACGUUGCGGCGCAGUACAUUAUUAAAGUUAGAGGUAAUAGAAGUUUUAUUGGAUGAUUUUUGAAGUUUUGCAGUAUUGUAUUGACAAUAUUAGUCAGUGUAACUGUUCAUUCUAUGUUGUAUUAUGUGCUUCGAUAAAUGAGAAAUGAGAUAAUACAAGGGUUUUAUUUUUAUUGAGGUUUGAAUCUUGAUAAUUGUAGAUAGAGAUAAGUGGUUAAAUCAUUGAGCUUAUGCGGAUAUAGUAGAUAUUUAGCAUGCUCUUUGGAGAGACAUUGUUUAAUAGAUGGUUCUGUUUAUGUGUUAUAAAGUUAUGAGACAAAAAACGAAAAAAAAAAAUAAAAGAAAAUAUCGGAUAUGAUCAAAAUGUCAUCAGUUAUACUUUUGCGUGCCAGUAGGCGAAGAGUGUUUUAUUUAUAUUUUGCAUUUGACAUUCUUUUUUCGUUGUGUUGCUUUAAAAUGCUUUAAAAUAAACUAAGCUGAAAAUACUUUUAGGGAUCUUGUAACUUGGCAACCUUAAAAAAUAAAAUGAUUCUUAACCGAGUUUUUAAGCAUUGAAAAACGGUCAAUUUUAGAGAAUAAUUACUAACAAUCCAAUAAACUUAAAAAACACGAAAAGACACAACAAACAUCAUUGUGAAAAAAAUUAGUUGUAAAAUGUCUCUCGAAUUCGAGGUUUUCGCUUCGUCUGAAUUAGAAUAAUCAGAAAUUGAGGUUUUUUCCAAAUUUGUUUUUUCAGAUAUUACUCAAAUAUAGCUAGUUGUAUCAGAAUAGUUAGUUUAAUAUAAAAACUUGGUUUCAUUUCCAAAAUAGUGUCACAACAUGUUCUGAUCAAGACUAUUCCAAUUCGUAGAAUCUGUAGAUACUGUACAGAUGCUGUGAGUUAAUUAUAGGAUGUAGGUAUAGGGUGUUACUUACUGAUAUACCGUAAUUACAAUGGCGAAUUCCUGACCCAUUUUAAGUUAAAAGUCCAUACAAACAUGUGGCAUAAAAAGUCUGGUUUUCCAGAUAUAGGGUGUCAAAGUUUCAAACAAUCUUGGUCUUUUACCAAUACCUCAAAGAACCUUGUGCCGAUUGUGUUGAAUUUAGGCAGUAUUGUUCACUGCAAUAAGACGUAAACUUAGCACUGGCUGAAAGAUAAUUGUGAAUUCCAGUGGCGUUUUGGGGGACAGUCUCACAAAUCAUAUUGACAAAAAAAUGACUGACUUUUUGAAAAACACAUGUAUCUGAUAAAUCAGCUAAUGAUACAAAUUUUUUGUCUCUUGGUAUCCCUUCGUAUCUUACUUUGUUUGCGAGGAAAAAAAACAACUUCAUUACAAGUUAAAAAAGUAUCAAAAUAAGAUCAAAUCAACUUUUAUUGUUGCUAAGGAAUGUUCUGGUAUUGUGAACAUAUUUUUGUUUUUCCCUGACAGUUUGCUAUUAUUUUUCUCUGUCAAAAACCGUAUUUUUUUAAUCUUUGACACCAUGGAUCUUUUAGAGACAUGUUUAGAUAGAUUUUCUUACCUGUAUUAUUGGUUCAUGAAUAUGCGCUUGUAAUUACGUACUAUUAAUAACACCCUGAUUAUCUAGGCAAACAGAAUCAGAAGAUAAUAAUCUUGAGUUUCAGUUCACCAAACACUUGAAAUCGAAAAAAUUAUAAUCAAUAAGCACAAACUCAAGCGAGUCUGGAGCCUGAUUUUAAUCUCUCGUUUUUAGUGAACUAUGCAAGAAGUGAAGAGGCUGACGAAACAACUCCUUUUGUCAGGACUAUGUGAUAUUACCUUCAAUAAGUGAUAACCAGUUGUACAUAUGUAUGUUUCUAAAGUCAUACAUAUUUCAUAACCCAUCAGUCACUUUCUAUUCUAAUUAUAUAUUCUGAAUAUUUUUUUUUAUUGACAGAUCGAAGUUCGAUGGCCGAGUAGCAUUGUUCUCGAAUGUUUUACUGCUUUAACUAUUCAUAGCUUAUUAGGUCAUGAGAUCUAUCGUUGUAUAUAUUUUUAGAGAAAAUGUUAUAUAUACUCGUAAUAAAGUAAGGAAUGCUUUCUAAA